AUGCGGAAGUGGGUGGACACCCGCACCCCCUCUUCCGGCCACUGGGCCGGGCCGGGCCUCCCCGGCUCCGUCUGUGGCCGGCGUCCUGGUGGGAACCAGUCCAAAGGUUUGCUCCCAGAUUCUGCGCCCGAAGGACGACCCGUCUGCUGCGGACCCCAGGGUUUUGGACGCUCCGUCCGGAGGACGGGGUCCAUCCUGACCGGACCCUCUCUGUGUGCCCCGGCCGGAGGCUUGGGCCCGAAAUAA